UCUCACACCCACCCACCCGAGAGCCGAGUUUAUGUGAGGAUAUUGUUGACCGGUUCCUUCGGUGAAGCCACCUCCCCGCCCCCUGCCCAGCUUUCCUGUUUUCUGUCAGGAAACUGGAAGUGAACACAAGGUUCUUCUUGCAGAAUCGGUAACUCGGCUCCUGACCAUUUGACAGUCAAGUGCUAGCCGGUUGGCAACUCCACAGCAAGUCAGUGAAUGGUCAGGCGGCAAUGAAAAGAUGGCUUUAGUUUGCAAUUUUUUAAAAGGCCUUCCGGUAGUCUCUGGAGCUUCUUAUGCAAGAUAAUAAAUUAUUCUCUUCUUGAAAUAGAGUGGAACAAAGCUACUACUUGUGCCUCACCGAGAACAGCAUGGCUCAGCGCAGAUGAGUGCAUGUGUGAUGCUUGCUUACAGCUGUAUCAUUCUCAAUGGCUGACAGCCAAGAGAACUGAAAUAGUGUCACAGAUGCCAUUUGGUUAACAACAGUGGCUUUUCAACUUAUAUUUUGGUCUUGCCAAGUAGACAUGCCAUGUUACUCAGUUUCUGCAGUUUACAUGCCUGCUAAGGGGAAACUCGUCAACCAAAUAAGGUGUAUAGCUUACAAACUGGGUGUUUGUGAGAAAGAUUUCUGGCAACUGUAAACCAGCCCAGGAAUGUGGGUACUACCAACUGCUUAGCAGACCAUGGUUCGGCGAGGGCUAGUGGCAUGGCUCCCUCGGAUGGUCAUUUUCCUGGUGGCCCUCUGUUGCACAGUAUCAGUGCUCUACAUGCUGGCCUGCACUCCAAGAGGUGACAGUCGGCAGCUUGCCUUCCCCAGAGUCAAUAGCCCUACAGGAAAAGAAGAGUAUCAGGCAAUCCUACAGGAGAGGGAAGAGCACCACUGGGACUACAUCAACAGUCUGAAGAGGCAGAUUGCUGAGCUGAAGGAUGAGCUCCAAGAGAGAAGUGAGCAGCUGAAGAACAUACAGGGCCACAGUACUGACUCCCUGGUAGUAGGCACAGAUCAAGGGAAUCUUGAGAAGCCUCAGAAAGCUCUCUUGCAGUUCCUACAUUCCCAAAUGGAGAAAGCUGAGAUCCAUACUGGUAUGAAGCUGCCAACAGAGUACGCUGCUGUGCCCUUUGAGAGUUUUACCCUGCAGAAAGUGUACCAGUUGGAGAUGGGAUUGACGCGUCACCCAGAAGAGAAGCCGGUGCGGAAGGAUAAGCGGGAUGAGUUGACAGAAGCCAUUGAAUUGGGUGUGGAGACUUUAAACAGUCCAGUGAGCAACAGUGGCUCAAAUCGUCGGAUAUACUCCACCUCUGACUUCAUAGAAGGCAUCCAUCGAACAGAAAGAGAUAAAGGCACCUUGUAUGAACUGACGUUCAAGGGAGACAAAGCAUAUGAAUUCAAGCGGAUUGUUCUGUUCAGACCAUUUGGCCCCAUCAUGAAGAUUAAAAGUGAAAGCCUCAAUAUGGCCCACACUCUUAUUAAUAUCGUAGUGCCCCUGGCAAAGAGAGCCAACAAAUUCCAGCAGUUUAUGCAGAAUUUCAGAGAAAUGGGCAUACAACAAGAUAAAAGAGUUCACCUCACUGUAGUUUACUUUGGGAAGGAACAAAUGAGUGAGGUCAAAAGAAUACUGGAGAAUACAACUAAAUCAGCCAAUUUCAGGAAUUACACAUUCAUCCAGCUGAAUGAAGAAUUCUCAAGAGGGAAAGGCCUGGAUGUGGGGGCACGAUUUUGGAAAGGAAGCAACGUUGUUCUGUUUUUCUGCGAUGUGGAUAUAUACUUCACCGCAGAAUUCCUCAACACAUGUAGAUUGAACACACAACCAGGCAAAAAAGUAUUCUAUCCCGUUCUUUUCAGCCAGUAUAACCCAGGCCUAAUUUAUGGGCAUCACCACUCCAUUCCACCCCUUGAACAGCAACUGGUUAUAAGAAAGGAAACAGGGUUUUGGAGAGACUUUGGGUUUGGAAUGACUUGCCAAUACCUCUCUGAUUAUAUCAAUAUUGGAGGAUUUGACCUGGACAUUAAAGGGUGGGGAGGGGAGGACGUCCACCUGUACCGCAAAUAUCUUCACAGCAACCUCAUUGUGAUCAGGACCCCUGUACGAGGCCUUUUCCAUCUCUGGCAUGAAAAGCAUUGCUUAGAUGAGCUGACCCCAGAACAGUACAAGAUGUGCAUUCAGUCCAAAGCGAUGAAUGAAGCCUCACAUGGCCAGCUGGGGAUGCUUGUCUUUAGGCAUGAGAUUGAAGCCCAUCGCCGCAAACAGAAAGCAAGCAAUAAGAAGACUUGAAGCCAAAAAAAUAAAAAAUAAAACAUCUUCUUUGAUAACGGAAACCAAGAACCUCAAAGACAAACUUAGCAGGGAAUUCUAAAAACAUAUCUUGGGGAUUUAUAAUGCUCGUUAAUUGCAAGGUUCCAAUUUCAUAUUGACGUUCCUCUGAUUCUCCUGGCUAUCAUGCUUCAUUGGUGUCAUUAAGGCAUAGAGAAUGGACAUUCAUUUUUUACAAUUGUUUGAUACUUGAAAUACAAACAAGAUGGUAUUUCAGUGUUGAUUGCCGUACGAUGGAACUUUACAAAGCUUUACUUUUUAUCAGGUGGGUAGUUGGGUGUUCCUGAACUACUCUCACUGAGAGCCUGUCCAGACAGGUAUAUAGCUCACUAUUUGGAUUGCUUUUGGUAUGGUUUGAUUCAAAUCCAGUUAGGGCAUCCAUGUGUGUUUUGACUUAAGAGUAUUCCAUUCUGCCUCUUAUGAGAGCUGUCCCACUCCUUUUUGGCACAGCACUAGGGCUCUUGAUUUUUUGGUAUGAUUCAGUGCAUUCCUAAUUAUCCCAUUGUGUAUUCUGUGUGGAUGGCUAAUUCACCCCUAAAUGGAGCUGUGGGUGAGGUUAUCUCAGGUGACAGCCCUGUGACAUAUUAGGUGGCUUGUGACCUUUUAACGGAUAAUGGGAAACCUCUCUUUCAUUUUCAUUUUCUCUACCACUUUAUUUUUUAAAAAACAUUUUCCUAUCAAUGGAAUUAUUUUCUUUAGAUACGUUGGUGAUAUUAUGUGUAGCAUGCUAGGUAGAUACAUUGCUGUUUUGCUAUGUCACUUUAUUUAACAAUAACAAAAAAGGAAAGUCAACAUAGCCCACUGAAUGACGGUCAUGGAAAAAGCUGAGAAAGGGGGUUAUGUUGGCCCCCACCCCCAAAUUCAUCAAUAGAUGACAGAAUCUCUCCUUCCCUUCCCUUUCCUCCCUUAUUUUUGGCUUAGUGUUUGCUUGAGGGGGAGGAAAUGUGUAGAAAGUAAAUAAAAGCAGCUGGGAAAACCAGCUGGAUUGGAAACUGGUUUUCCAUGACCAACCCCUCCACACACAGAGACCCCUUUAGGUCAUCUACUCAGGCUUCACCACUACAAGGUAGCACAACCCAAGCAAAGCCCCAGCUAAGGAAAGAUAAGGUAACUUCCCUACCACCUCCCCAACCUUCAAAAUGUUGCCCUCACACUCUUAGUGCCACUCUCUGCUGCUGCCGCCUCAUUACUCACAAAGAAACUGUAAGCCUUCCUUAUGAGUAAACCAGCAAUCCAAGGGCCUUUCUGGACUUUUCUCACAGGGGAAUAGAUAUCUCUAUGUGAAUGGAAGUAUUGCUCAAGUGUGAGACAAGAUAGAUCACACUGAAGAUACAAACCUUUUAAGACAGAACCAGAGCACUCCAAAUUCACCCAUCUGAACAGGCCCUAAGUGAAAUCACAGGAAAGAUCUUUGAAGAAACUAAGGCAGAGUAACUGCUCAAAGUAGAUAGAUAACUGAUAAAAGCCAU